CUUGGGGUUGGCAGCCUUGCCCACUCUCCUCACUCUGCCUCCCCUCUCCGCCUCCCCAAAUCCAAAGGGGUGUGGAAGAGGAGGAGCAGAAGCCGCUCUUUUCCGUGACGCGCCAGAGCAGUUCUAAUUCCCACCUCCUCCCCGGUGGAAUCAAUCAGCCAGGAGGCAUCAAACUGUUAGCGACGAAGACGCAGCUCUUGGUACUUCCACUCCCCUGCCACCCCCAUCCUAGGCGUAUUUUGGAGGCGGCAGUAGCGCUGGCAGGAUGUGAGGCGACCUGGAGCGCACCUCCCAGGCGCCGCUCUCCUUUCAGUGCUAGCAGGAACGUGUGGUCUUUUUGCGCACUGGGCUCCCAGGCAAGGCUGGAGCACCGAACAGAGAGGUGGGUUGGCAGAGUUCGCACUCGCAUCCGGCUCAGCAGUCAGGUCGAGAGGGUACCUAGGGGGUCUGCUUCCUGGUGGUGCAAGAGCCGCAGCUUGAGGUGCCCGCGUUCUGGCUUGCACCGCUUGGCCCAGGCAAGGUGCGGCAGGAACAACGCUGCUCUGAAGAGAAGUCGCUGGCAAGGAAGAGGCUGGGAGGCGGGCGACCUAAGAGUCGAGGUACUCUGCUGAGAGGCUGCACCUGCCAUUCUAACUAGGGCUGGAAUGAUUUAAGAACCUCCCUUCCAGCUGCCCCGAAAGUCCGCAGAAGCUCCGCUGAACUCUAGAAAUCGGCCCCGGGCCGGAAGUUUCCCGACAUCCUCUGGCCAGGACAGGGAGCAGAGAAAACGGGCGGGGCUGCCGGGUCUUCUGCCGGGAUAGACCUGGGCUUCCCUACGCCUCCUGCCGCGCCGCUAGUCUUCGGGCAGCGUUUCUGACCACCCAGGAAGUCCGAGCCCGCGCUCUCCAGAACCCGGCUCGCCAUCUCGCCUUGGACAUGGAACUACACGCCUGAGACUCGCUGGACUGUGCUGGCUGUUUUGCAAGGCUCAGCCGCGAAGGAAAUUGAAUGAUGAAGCCACCAUUUCUUUUGGCCCUUCUGGUCUGUUCUGUAGUCAGCACAAAUUUAAAGUUGGUGUCAAAGAGAAAUUCUGUGGAUGGCUGCAUUGACUGGUCAGUGGACCUCAAGACAUACAUGGCUUUGGCAGGUGAACCAGUCCGAGUGAAAUGUGCCCUUUUCUACAGUUAUAUUCGCACCAACUACAGCAUGGCCCAGAGCACUGGGCUCAGGCUUAUGUGGUACAAAAACAAAGGUGAUUUAGAAGAGCCCAUCAUCUUUUCAGAGGUCAGGAUGAGCAAAGAAGAAGAUUCGAUAUGGUUUCACUCAGCUGAGGAACAAGACAGUGGAUUCUACACUUGUGUUUUAAGAAACUCAACAUAUUGCAUGAAGGUGUCAAUGUCCUUGACUGUUGCAGAGAAUGAAUCAGGCCUGUGCUACAACAGCAGGAUCCGCUAUUUAGAAAAAUCCGAAGUCACUAAAAGAAAGGAGAUCUCCUGCCCAGACAUGGAUGACUUUAAAAAGUCUGAUCAGGAGCCUGAUGUUGUGUGGUACAAGGAAUGCAAGCCGAAAAUGUGGAGAAGCAUAAUAAUACAGAAAGGAAAUGCUCUUCUAAUCCAGGAAGUUCAAGAAGAAGAUGGAGGAAAUUACACAUGUGAACUGAAGUAUGAGGGAAAACUUGUAAGACGAACAACUGAAUUGAAAGUUACAGCUUUACUCACAGACAAGCCUCCCAAGCCAUUGUUCCCCAUGGAGAAUCAGCCAAGUGUUAUAGAUGUCCAGCUGGGUAAACCUCUGAACAUCCCUUGCAAAGCAUUCUUUGGAUUCAGUGGAGAGUCUGGACCAAUGAUCUACUGGAUGAAAGGAGAGAAGUUUAUUGAAGAACUGGCAGGUCAUAUUAGAGAAGGUGAAAUAAGGCUCCUCAAAGAGCAUCUUGGAGAAAAAGAAGUUGAGCUGGCACUCAUCUUUGACUCAGUGGUGGAGGCUGACCUGGCGAAUUAUACCUGCCACGUGGAAAACCGAAAUGGACGGAAACACGCCAGCGUUCUACUGCGGAAAAAGGAUUUAAUCUACAAAAUUGAGCUUGCAGGGGGCCUAGGAGCAAUCUUCCUCCUCAUUAUACUGUUGGUGGUCAUCUACAAAUGCUACAGCAUUGAGCUGAUGCUCUUCUACCGACAGCGUUUUGGAGGUGAUGAAACUACUGAUGACAACAAGGAAUAUGAUGCCUAUCUCUCUUACACAAAAGUGGAUCAAGAUACUUCAGACUGUGACAAUCCUGAAGAAGAGCAGUUUGCUCUUGAAAUACUGCCAGACGUCCUGGAAAAACACUAUGGAUAUAAACUCUUCAUUCCAGAAAGGGACCUGAUUCCAAGUGGAACAUACAUUGAAGAUCUCACAAGAUGCAUUGAGCAAAGCAGAAGACUUAUUAUCGUGCUAACUCCUGACUAUAUACUCAGACGGGGAUGGAGUAUUUUCGAACUGGAAAGCAGACUGCAUAACAUGCUAGUCAGUGGAGAAAUCAAAGUGAUAUUGAUUGAGUGUACAGAAUUAAAAGGGAAGGUGAAUUCCCAGGAAGUAGAAUCACUAAAGCGCAGCAUCAAACUUCUGUCUCUGAUCAAAUGGAAGGGACCAAAAAGCAGCAAAUUAAAUUCUAAGUUUUGGAAGCACUUAGUAUAUGAAAUGCCCAUCAAGAGGAAAGAAAUGCUCUCUCGGUGCCACGUUCUGGAGUCUGCAGAACAAGGACUCUUUGGAGAACUCCAGCCCAUACCCUCUAUUGCCAUGACCAAUACCUCAGCCACUCUGGUGUCAUCUCAAGCUGAUCUCCCUGACUUCCACCAUUCAGAUUCAAUGCAAAUGAGACACUGUUGCAGAGGUUAUAAACACGAGAUGCCAACUACCACCUUGCCACUACCUUCCUUGGGCAACCACCACACUUACUGUAAUCUGCCUCUGACGCUACUCAACGGACAGCUGCCCCUUAAUAAUGCCUUGAAAGAUACACAGGAAUGUCCCAGGAACAGUUCCCUGCUACCUUUAUCCUCCAAAGAGCUUAGCUUCACCAGCGAUAUUUGGUAGUGGAAAAUUUGAGUUCCUCCCAACAGCAUAGAUGAGCGGAAUGUCUGCUAUACCAAGCAUAAAGUAUACCUAAUAACAUUGAGGUGCUGACAACGUAUUUGAAGAAAAAGGCACACAAGUCACUUUUGUACUUAGAUAUUUUUGUUUACAUUUUUAGAUUAGUGGGGGGAAGGAAAGAAGGACUUCUUUUGUAGUUUGGCACCUUGUUCCAAUGUACAGUUUUGAUUUCUUCCUGAAAAGAAUAGUUUUUAAAUUCUGUUGUUUUACGAUACCACACAGACUGCAAGCUCAGUAGGUGAGCUAUCUUUCCCAUAUAUAUGAAUAUUUCAGUAUUUACAUGGUAUUUGAAAUAAGGAAAAGUUAAAGACUUAAUUUGAAUUUGAAAGUUCUGAACUAAGUUUAAGGGUAAAAGUGAACUUCUAUAGAGUAACUGAAAAAUCAGAAACUAUCAAGAAAGAAAUGUUGAGGCACUCCAGUUGGAAGAUUGUUUGUCGAGGAAGAUCAGCUGAGACAAAAAUGAUUGAAACGUUUAGAACUUCUUCAACAUAAUGGACCACUUAUGUAGACUAAAUCAACAGUUCACAAAAACAGCUUUUAGAGUUAUGAGGCAAGCAUAUCUUCUGUAGGCAAACUAGUAGGUAGGUAAACAAUGUGCAUUUCUUAAGCAAAUGAAUAGACAGGUUGUGAGUUCUUUUAGGAUGAUUUUGAACCCUGUGGCUUUCUCACUUGUUUCAAAUGUUUCACAACCUUGAAUAUACAUUUUAAAGUGUACAUUAUAUUGUUUUCUAACAAAUUCACAUUUGGAUUUUUUUUAUCCAAACGAUCUCUUGGCCUGCUAUAAGCUUUAUACAAACAUGUGGGCAUCUUCCUUACCUUUUUCCAGCAUCAUUGGAGUUUGAAUACAUCUUGACUGAGUGUCAGCAAUUGAAAAGAAUACAACAAUAAUCACAGACAAAGUGCUAAAUGAUUCAAGUUUACUAGUGGUAGAGAAGCUAUUGCAGUUUCUCAUUUGCAAUGUAGUUAUGAAACAGACUACUCUGUAUCUACACAGUAUCUGCUUGACCAUGUGUGCAAGGCUCCUGCAGAAGUAUCUCUAGUCCCAGUGCUUCAAAGAAUACAUUUGAUAGACCCAGCUUCUCCACUCCCCAGUAGUGAAUGUGACUGUGCCAUUGAAAAUCCCUGUGACUAAUCUAAGAUAUUGUGUAUUUGCUGUAAGGAAUGUGCCCCUAGUCUAGUAUUUAUUGUGAAUUCCUGCUAUAUGUUUUUUUCCGAUUAAUCAGAUUCAAUGUGCUCACCACCUAGAUGCCUGUUGGAGUCAAUUGUUAAUCAAGGUUGAUUCUGGCAUUUUGCAAAUGAUUCUUAAAUCAUGUUCUUGGACAAAUACUAACAAGGACAAGUGUACAAAGAGUGUAAAAAUUAAGAAUUUGCCCAUCCCUUGUAACUGUGAAAUCCAAGUGUAUAAGAGAACAUUAGGUAAUAUGCUUUGAUAAUUCCUUUUGACCUCUUCCAUUAUUGAUUCCCUGUGAUCCAUGACUUUUAUUCAAAGAACUUGUUUCUCUGUUGCAUUUCUGCUGUUCAAAAAAUGCAUUAUGCACAAACAGUAUGUGAAAACUUAGCGAUGUGUGCUCAAUUCAUGGUAGGACAAUUAAUUACUCCUUUGAAAAGUUCUGUUCAACACAUAUAGGUGUUUCAUGGAUGUAUUUUUUUCCACUGAGAAAGGUGAUUUUACUUCUGUAAAACCUAUAGGUAUUUCAAAAUGAAAAUUUCUCAAUUUUGAGCUGUUUUCCAAGUGUUAGAAAGUUGUAUUUACUCUGAUUGUUCUUUAAUGCUAUGUAUAAUUACUAAAUUAAUAAUCUGCAUGAAGUGAGUAGUAUAUGUUUAAAUGACCAAUUGUAUUUUUUAUUAUUUUAUUUUUCGCAGAAAUCUAGAUUAAUCCAAAUAGAAUGUUCAGUGGUAUUUUUAAACUAAUAGUUCUGUACUGAGCAUGCCAGUUCUGAAAAUAUAACAUGGGUCUCUCUGCUUCCUUUAUUUACAAUGAUUAAACGUGGGUAGCAAUUUGAGUUGGCUGGCCACAAUGUGUCCUUUCACUACUAGUAGGUACUCAAAAACAGAGCAUUCACACUUGUGCUAGGGAACUUGACAAGAAACCUUUUCUACCAUUUUCAGGAACCAAUGUGUACACUAUCUAUAAAAAUGUAUUUCUAGAUGGCGAUUCAAAAUUUAAUUUUCAUCUAAGAUUUUUGAAAGAUAUAGCCCAUAAGGGUAUAAGUAUUUAGUCUAGAACAUGAUAUAUUCUCCCAGUUGCUUUCAUAGCGGGAAAAACUUUUUUUUCUCAUCAAUUUUUUUGCUGACAUUGAAUUUGGAAAUGUAGAGAAACACUAGUAUAAACUAUUUCUCAUAUGUUUGCAACACAUUUGUUGUUAUGUUAUAUAUAAAAUACACACUUCAAAAUUAAAGUUAUUUUUAAGGUGAAACAUGCUGAAAACAUCAGAAAUGAUGGCAGAAAUGAGAAAUGCACAGAGGCGAUAGAUGCAUAGGUGAUAAAAAUAUAUUAAGAACAAACAGGGCUCAGGGAGAUGGAUGAUCUAUACAUGGGCUUAAUUUGGUACAAUGUGAAAUUUAGAGGAUAUGAUAAUCUAUGGGAUCCAACCUAACUAUGGUGAUUCUUAAAGGUAGCUGAGUGGUUUAUGAAAAGAUGUCUUUCCUUGCCACAUCAAAAUGUUAACUGAAUUAGAAUCAAAUCUGUUCUGCUUUCAAACACUUGUUAAAAAAUAUGGACAGAGAGACACUUACAGGCUUAUGGUGAGGACUGAACCAAAGAUAGCAUCAUGUGAAAGGGGUUGAUAUUCUGUUUGAGGAUUAAUGAUUAUCCUUGUGGAACUUACCAUCAGGAAACAGGGUGCAGAGAGGGAUUCAAGAGUUUGAUUAUGAAAGAGAAGUUUAAAGCAUAGUUCAAGAGGAUAUGGAAACGAGUACUAGCCCAGAGAUUACUAAUACAACAGGUUGGAAAAUGGAAAGUGUGAUAAAGAAGAAAAAUCUGGCAAUUAAGGGAACAAGACUCUUUAAUCUACUUGAUAUUUGCAGCUUUUACAAGAGUAUGGAACCACUGGUUUAAAGCAUUUCCUGCUUUUUGGCAUUUUAUUUUUAAGUAAAUUGUUUUUGGAACCAAAUGUUUUCUAGAAAAUUAAUGGCCAAGGAAAUAUCUUGAAUAUUGCACAUGGAAAUCUUUAUACUCCUUCUGGUCAUCCCCAAAGGUGAGGCAGUGAACUGAUAAAACCAGAUUCAAGUUAAGAUAGAAAAUAGUCCCAUAGUGAUCAGUUCAGGCUGAACACUUGCAAUUGUUGUUGCUCUUUUAUGGGAGAGAAUUUAAUGUUGAAAAUUUUCUGGCUCCAAUUUCUCCAUUACUCAUGCAUUUUUGUUCUAAGAUGUCUGAUAGAAGGUCACAGUGCUGAGCAUUAAGUCUCGCUGAUGAAUGUAUAGGACAUUUUGAUAAACAAUAAUCAUUCACUUCAAACUCAUAUCAAACUUGCAUUUUUUUUGGAGCUAAAAUCAGCCACAGUCAACUUCAUAUGAUUAUUUGGAGCUCCAUUUCAUUACUGUGAGAUCAGAACUUGUAAAAUCACUCACAUCCAUCUCUAGUUAUCUUCCCAAAUGCUCACUGCUGUUCGCUCAACUACAUUUUCUCCAGAUGACAUUAAAGUCAAUCAUGAGUGUUUAUUGAGUGCCUAAUCUGUACUGGUCACCACAUAAAGUAUAAUCCAAGGGUACACCAGGAAGUUCAUGGAAAAAUGGAAUUAAAAGAUAAGUUAAUUUUGGUGAAAAAAUUUCAAAAAAUAACUAUUCUUAAUUCUUCAGUUUGAGGAAAAUGCAUAUCAUGAAAAAACUAUGCAUGGACAAUUUUUAAAAACUGCACCAAAGUAAACUUAUCUUUUAAUUCCAUUGUGCACAAACUUUUUGAAGUUCACACAUACAAAUGUUUUUCAGAAUUGAAGAACCCAUUCUCAAAUAGUUUGCUCAUCAUAUACACAAAGAAAGGAGUGUUUGUGAAAACAUAUUCCAGUGCAGGGAGAGUAAUGCAUACACGCAGUGUAGAUGAGAUGGGACAAUUCAGUGCCAACUUGAUCAAGAGACACAUUUGAAAUAGAUGGAACAAUGGUGAAGAAUGGGAAUUUGCUAAGUGCAGAGAACAGCGUAUGUGAUUAACCUGAGCAAAGAAUAAGCAUUUCCUGUUUAGCUGGCAGCAAGCACAUUUAGCUGACAAGAGCAGAAAUCCAUGUGAGGACACAACAUGAAGUAAGGCUGGAAGAGGUGCUGGAGCAUUUUUCUGCUAACAGAUAACAAGAAGAAGUAGAGAAAGAGAGCAGACACAUGAGGACCACCCAGGAGGAUGUUGCCAUAGUCCAGGUAUGAAGUGAAAGGAGAUGGAGCUAGGGUCGUGUGACCCAUAUUCUCUUAAGAAAGGGAAGGCCCAAAGAAGAGAAAUAAGUAGAAUGUGGUGAUGCAAAAAAUGAAGGGAAAACAGCAGAGUUAAUAAAGACUCCCAGGAUCAAAAACUCAGUUGUAUCAAAUGAAUUAUUUUUCCGUGUUUAACCUGUCUUCUUAACUGAGCACCCUGACACUGUCAGGACAAAACUAGAGACAACACAAAAAAGGUGGAUUUGCUACUGGAACAACCCAUGAAGUGUUAGGAGGAAAGAAAGAGCCAGGAAAGACAACGGACUUCUGAAAAUCUGAUUUAGAAACACGAAUUUCUAUUCACCCUACUGAUUUCAAUCCCAAAUUCACAAAAAAAAUAAAAACUUCCUUUUCUGGAAUUUUUUCAUAUUUGAUACCAUUAGACUUUGAUAAAGAUGGUGCAUUGAUGCAGGUUGAUCCUUUAGGUACUAUUGUCUAUUUAAGUUUCUCACCUCAUUUUGAAAUAAAGACCAGUGAUCAU